CCUUGUGGCGGCGCGCAGUCUUCUUGUGCGCGUCGAGUCUCGGCCGUCUUGUGCGAGUGCGCGGCGGGCGCGUUGCUCUUCGUUCCAAGAUAAGCCUGGCAGUCGGCAUGGUGCACCAGGCCGGCCUGCUGGCUGCGCUGGAGGAGCCGCCGCGCAAGUUCUACAUCCGCAACUACCGCGCGGAGGCUCGGCUAGCACAGCGCAGGCAGGCCCGAGCCGAGGCCAGGGCAAUACGACUCCGGGAGCUCGAGAAGCAGGCCCGUGAGAAUGACGAGCAAUUGGACAGGCAUUGUGACAGUGGCCCAGAGCCUGUGCGACCCAUGCGCAUCUCAAGAGAGGGUCGCCCUUUCACAUCGGGCUCCUCUUACUCCGGGUCCCGGAGAAGCAGCGAGGACUCGACUGAUGGCCUCGAUGGCCGCGACAUCAGGCAUCAGCUGCAGGAUGUCGAGGAGAGCUUCCGCAAGGCCAUGAUCAGCAAUGCACAGCUUGACAAUGAGCGCACCGCGCUGGCCUACCACGUGGACACACUCAAGGAUGACAUGGAAGAGCUCACCGAAAAGUUCCUGCACGUCCAAAAGGACCACAGGGACAAGUCGCGGGCACUGGACCAGCUACAGAGGGAUCUGCGGAAGCUACAGGAGGAGAACACCUUACUGCAGGAGGGCAUCCGGCAGCGAGAUGAGCUCAUCGAGGCGAACGGUCUAGUACUGGUGCAAAACGGAGACGGCCCGGACCUUGUCACACAGGAGGCAGCCGAACUACUGGACCAGGCAGGACACGGCUCCUUGGAUGUCCGGUUGAAGCGGUUUGCAGAAGAGAAGCAGCAACUCCAAGAUGAGAUAAAUCGGCUGCAGUUGGACUUGGCUGAGGAGCGCCAGAAAGUGACUCGUCUAGAACAGAUCUCACUUGUGCAUGGCCCACAGACCAAUGGACCUGAAAUGAGGCUCAUUGAAGUGCAAAGGGAAGCCAACAAGCAGGUGGACGACUACAAGUACAGGCUGCGCAAAGCUGAGCAGGAGAACAUUGCACUCCAGAGCAGUGUGUCACGGCUUGAGACUCAGGUCUUGCGCUUCAAGUCUACGCUCGAGGAAUCCGAGAAGCUUGAAGAUGAUUUGAAGGCUGAGAAACGCAAACUCCAGAGAGAGUGCCGAGAAGCUCAGGCAAGGAUCGAAGAGCUGGAGACGGCCAACAAGCACCUCCAGAAGCGUAUCGACAAACUCAAGUCAGCACGGAACGCCAAUCCUCAAUUGACAGUCUGGUGA